GUGAUCGGCGGUGACGGCAGUCUCACCGGCGCUAAUCUCUUUCGCCAGGAAUGGUCAUCACUUUUGGACGAGUUAUUGACCACAGCAAAAAUUACUGCCGAGAAGAAGGAGUUGUGCAGCCAUUUGCAUAUCGUAGGAAUGGUGGGCUCUAUUGACAAUGACUUCUGCGGCACUGAUAUGACAAUCGGCACCGAUUCAGCUCUACAUCGAAUUAUUGAAUCCAUCGACGCUAUUGUUACCACCGCUUCCAGCCAUCAGCGAACGUUUAUUCUGGAGGUUAUGGGUAGACAUUGUGGGUAUUUGGCAUUAGUGGCAGCGCUGGCCAGUGAAGCGGACUUUGUGUUUAUACCGGAGUGGCCGCCAGAAGUUGAGUGGCCAUUGAGACUGUGUAAAAAAAUAGAACAGGAGAGACGUAUGGGAAAGCGUCUAAACAUCAUAAUCGUGGCCGAAGGGGCCAUCGAUCGCGAGGGCAAAGUAGUGACGGCCGAAAUGGUUAAGGAUGUG